AUGGCUAAAAGAAAAGCUCAAGGAUCUCUGUCUUCGUCUUCCUCAAAACCAAGACAUUGGAUGUACGACGUGUUCUUGAGCUUCAGAGGCGAAGACACACGUAACACCUUCACCGGCCACCUCUACGCGGCGCUGAAACAGGCCGGAGUCAAUGCCUUCAUUGACGACAACGAACUCAGAAGAGGGGAAGACAUAACGGCCGAACUCGUGCGGGCCAUCCAAGGGUCGAGAAUCGCCGUGAUUGUGUUCUCGAAGAGGUAUGCGGAUUCGAGUUGGUGUCUGGAGGAGUUGGUCAAGAUCAUGGAGUGUAGAAGAACACUAAGGCAAAUGGUGUUCCCAGUUUUCGUUGACGUUGAUCCUUCCAAUGUGAGAAGACAGAUUGGUAGUUUCGCAGAAGCGUUUCGGAAACAUGAACAGAGGUUAGUGUUGGAGAAGGAAAAGGUACUCAGGUGGAGAGCUGCUCUUACUGAAGCUGCAAAUUUGUCUGGCUGGGAUCUGAAUAACACUGCAAAUGGGCAUGAAGCAAAGUUUAUCAGCAAAAUUGUUACGGAGAUAACUAGGCACUUGAACAACACAUACCUAUAUGAAGCGGUCUACCCGGUAGGAAUCGAUUCUCGGGUGAAAGAAAUGAGUAAGCAUUUAGGUGAUAAGCUAGAUGAUGUUAGAAUGAUUGGAAUUUUGGGUAUGGGUGGGAUAGGGAAAACAACUAUUGCCAAAGCCAUAUACAACAAAUUUUGUGAUAGCUUUGAAGGUGCUAGUUUUCUGGCAAAUGUUAGGGAAACUACAAAACAACCGAAUGGGCAUGUUCGUUUGCAAGAACAGCUUCUUUGUGAUGUCUUGAAAACAACCAAGAUAAAGGUCGGAAGUGUUGAUAGAGGGAUCAAUAUGAUAAAAGAAAGACUUCGAUGUAGAAGGGUACUUGUCAUAAUCGAUGAUAUAGAUCAACUAGACCAGCAAUAUGCAAUAGCUGGAAGCAGUGACUGGUUUGGUUUAGGAAGUAGAAUUGUUGUCACAACCCGAGAUGAACAUCUGCUAAAGCAACUUAACGUGGAUUCAAUAUAUCUGGCUCCAGAAAUGAAUGAAACAGAGGCUCUUGAACUCUUUAGUUGGCAUGCCUUCAGAAGUAGUCAUCCUGAUAAAGAACAUUCUGAACUUUCAAGUAGUAUAGUUGCUUGCUAUGGAGGCUUGCCACUAGCUCUUGAAGUUUUAGGAUCUUUUCUGUUUGGAAGAAGCAUAGCUGAGUGGAAAAGUGCACUGGAUAAAUGGAAGACAAUUCCUCCUGGCCAAAUUCAGGAAAAGCUCAGAGUAAGCUUUGACGGACUAAACGAUGAUACAGAGAAGAAUAUAUUUCUUGACAUAUCUUGUUUCUUUAUAGGAAUGGACAAGAAACAUGUCAGUCAAAUAUUGGAUGGUUGUGGGUUUUUUGCAGAAAUAGGAAUCACUGUCCUCCUUGAGCGACGCCUUGUAACUGUAUGUGAAAAGAACAAGCUGAUGGUGCAUGAUUUGCUUCGAGACAUGGGCAGAGAAAUUGUUCGUGCAAAGUCCCCCAGUGACCCUGGAAAGCGUAGUAGAUUGUGGCAUCCUACAGAUGUAACAGAUGUAUUGACAGAACAUUCUGGAACUGAAGAUAUUCAAGGGCUCACUCUAAGUUUGCUAGAAUCCAAUGAGACUAGUUUCAGCACACAAGCAUUUGCAAAUAUGAAAAGAUUAAGAUUGCUCCAACUCAAAUUCGUGCAGCUCAGUGGAGGCUAUGAGCAUCUUUCUAACUCGUUAAGGUGGCUGUGCUGGCGUGGAUUCCCUCUUAAGUUCCUACCAAACAACUUUAAUUUACCACAUGUGGUUUCUAUUGACCUGCGAUAUAGCAAACUUGUACAAGCUUGGACUGAAUCUAGGAUGCUUAAGAAGCUGAAGAUUCUAAAUCUCAGUCAUUCCCAUUACUUGAGACAAUCACCAGACUUUUCAAAACUUCCUAAGCUCGAGAAGUUGAUACUCAAAGGCUGUAAGAGUUUGUCCGAGGUUCACCAGACCAUUGGAGAUCUUGAAGGACUUGCUUUGGUAAAUCUUCAAGACUGUAAGAUGCUCAGGGAGCUCCCAGUGACUUUCUCCAAGUUGAAAGGUAUUGAAACUCUUAUUCUUUCUGGCUGUUCAAAAUUUGAAAAGUUGACUAAGGACUUAGGUGAGAUGGUAUCCUUGAGAACUCUGCUAGCAGAUGACACAGCCAUAAGAGAAAUACCAUCUUCCAUAACAAAGUUGAAGAACCUAGAACGUUUAUCUUUAUGUGGCCUGAAACAACCACCAUCAAACUUGUUUCCAACUCGCUUCUGGUCUUUUCUGUUGCCAAGAAGAUAUGUAAAAUUCCCUCCAUCAUUAUUUGGUUUGGGGGCUUUGAAAGAACUGUAUCUUAGAGACUGCAAUUUAACUGAUGGUUCAAUUCCCAAGGGUAUUGGGAGUCUAUCAGCUUUGGAAGAUUUGGAUCUAAGUGGCAAUAGUUUCCAUAGGCUUCCAAGCCUCAGGGGACUUUCUGAGCUAGUCACUCUAAUUUUAAAUAAUUGCACAAACCUCUAUGCAAUCCCAGAACUACCCCCAACACGUUUGGCGGUGCUGAGUGCAGAUGGUUGCACUGCACUGGAAAGAAUGCCGAAUCUUUCUGAAAUGAAGACCUUGUCUAAGUUGAAUCUCAGAGAUUCUCCUAAACUAACUGAGAUUCCCGGCUUGGAUAAGCCAUCCAAUUUUAUGCUACAAAUUCAAAUGGAAGGGUGCACUAAUAUCAGUGAAACUGUUAAGGAGAGCAUACUACUACAGGGAUGGAGUUAUGCUAGCAACUUUGGUGGCAUUUAUCUCCCAGGAACUGACAUUCCUGAGUGGUUUACAUAUGUUGCUGAUGGUGGCCGUGUCUCUUUUCAAGUGCCUCAAACUGUUGGCUGUGACCUGAAAGGGUUGACCCUGUGCAUCAUUUAUUCUAGUUUUUCGAACAGUCAAUCUAUAAAUAAUAUUUCCGUAUUUGUUAUAAAUCAUACCAAGCUCACCAGUUUUUGGGUUCAACCGUCGUCACCGCAGAACAUUAUUUCCAGUGGAGUUCUUUGGCAGGGACGCUUGUCAAACAGAACGAUCAAUUUGGAAGGCGGAGACUUCGUAGAGGUUUGUGUAGCAAUUGGUUCUUGCUUCGAAGUGAGUAAAAUAGGGGUCAAUCUUGUAUUGGAAGAAUAUAUCUCAAUAGAUGUGCAUGAGUUUGAGUCUUUCCCAUAUCCUUAUUUUCGUCAAGACAAAUAUGAUGAGGGAGAAAUUACAUCCAAAAGAGAUCUUGCUGAUAAUGUGGCAGGACCAAGCCAUCACUCAUCUGAUUCCAGUAGUGAAAUGAGUACAGAUGAAAUAUAA